AGCGGAUUGAGGAACGCGCACGGGCAGAGGUAUAAAUAUGCGCGACCCGAGGCACACGAGUGUCAAGCCUGGUCGUCUAACGCAAAAGAAUCGGCAGAGUGCGAGACAAUCGCGGACCAUCAUCGCCCUAUCAGUCCCUCCAGUGUCGAGCACCAUGCAAUUCUCCGCCCGCUUCCUCCUGUUCGUUCUGGUGGCCAUCAUUGCCGCAGCGAGUUCAGCGCUGGGCUACUCGGCGUCCAACCAGGUCUCCUCGCAACAGCAGCAACAGCAGCAGCAGCGCCACCGGAUCAACGUGGGCCGCUGGCUGAAGAGCAUGCUACCGGCGGCCGCAGCAGCCGCCGCGUCAGCGGGCGACACGGACAGUCGAAACACAGCCGACCUGGACACCGCCGACAUGAUCGACCCUGUCCUGCUCGCCUCUGGGUUCGCCAAGCGGCAGGAGGACGACUACGGUCAUAUGAGGUUCGGACGAUCCGACGACUACGGACACAUGCGCUUCGGCAGAAAGUGAUCCUCCUCGGACUGCUGCCGCCAGGUCAAACACAGCCGUUCCAACAUCUGCUGCGCAGCCAAACGGUAUGCCAGUACAACCAACCCCAUUGUUGUGCCAUCGGGUAAGACCUCGGGGCGAAUCGCACACCGCUUGUACGACUCUCAAGGAAGAUCUCCACGCUCAACAACAACUGCAACAGCUCCUACACCAGCUGCAGCUCCGCUUGCUCAAACGCAAUAAAAAGGCGGAGCUAUCGAAACA